CUUUGAAAAGAGAAGUUUCGUGUUUGCGAUGUGGUUUAUAAUCGGAAGAAGUAUAUUGCGUGAGUUUAAAUAUCCAGUUAGACUGCAGUAAGAAAUGGGAAUAAAUCAUUUACAAGUAGAAGAUAUCCUUGUUUUGACAGAGGAAGAAGAAACAUCGCCGUUGUUUGUGAGACCUCGUUCUGUUCAACGUUUUGAGGUUCGUAAAAUACUGUGUAAUUUUCCGAGUUAACUCAGCGAUGUUUAUUCAGUAAGAGGCUUCCAUUUUACUCUAAGUAUUGAUCGUUCAUGAAUAGCUUGAAGCUACGUUGGAAGAUUUCACCCAAAUAUUUAAACGUUGACAAGUACUAAUCAGUUCGAAAUUUGAGAGAGGAACUGUAGCUCUUCGUACAUGCUGUCCUUCUUGUUUCUACGCAGAGUUACAGGUCCGUGCUUGUCGACUUCGCUUGCGGCCAGGCUCGCGGCGGGAAGAGCACAAAACCAAUUUUAAUUUUGAAACAUGUUGAUUAUGUGGUUUAUAAUUCCUCCCAGUCAAGCCAAUUUUAAGAUGUUUGAUUAUUACAAGAUCCUCAACUCGUACUGCUUCGAUUGAUAUAAAGGGGGAAGAAAAGGGGGACGGGGGAGGGAGGGGACAGUCCCAUUUUCUGCUCGGUUCGUCUCACUUACGCAGGCUGCCUAACUUUUCGUAACUCGCAGCAGGCGCCACUUAUAUUUUUUUAGGCCAUGCGAGGCGAUCACGCGAGUGGGUGAGGAAGCCUCCUCUCCUUUUCUCCUCGCGCGCUCCCUCGAGAUUUCUUCCUGCGCCACAACAAAACCGGCGCCGCUAUGCAGGCUAGGACACAGGCAGACCACCUUCUCUUCGUGUGGCCUUUAUUGUCAUUGAAAUCUGAACAUCGAGUAACCAAAAUACAGGUGAACAUAAGGCGGCUACAAUAUUGAAAUCAGUACUUUCAGAAACAAUCAUUUGUAUGUUAUAGAAGAAAUACAGUGUAGGAAAAGGAUUCACUUUUACUGACUUCCGGUAACAACGGCCACGCACAAACAGAGGAGUGGCUUGCCUGUGGUUUAAUUAUUUUUUUUCCCUUACCUAUUGCUCCCGGUGAUCCUCAUCGUGAGGGGUGUGAGCAGAACGGGUAGAUCUAAAUUUAGGAUAUGGCCGUACCAGCAUAUGUGGCAGCAAUCUUGCCACCAUUAACUAGGAUUAUUGUUUGGUUACUGUCUUCCUCAGAUUUUUCCAGGACGCAUUGGAAUCCAAUGGAAGGUCUUCCGUGUAGUAUUUUCCGCAUUGUAUCCAGUCGCUCACGCAACCAUUGUGGUAUCUCUGAUCUCGUUCUUUGUCACAGCUUUCAGCUUCGCCAUCAACUGCGCGUUGGAGAUAACCUUCGAAAUGAUUUCACCAUUAGGAGACGAUGACGUGACUGAUCAGACAUUUUACACCUUCUGUAUGUUUGUACUUCUCUGUUGUACGCUGUUUUUAGUUUGCCUGGUAUGUUCCCUCUUUUGGGAAAUCAUAAAAGUGACGGUAGUCAAGCGAACGCUUAAAUUCCGAGUCGCAAAAGUGACGAUUUUAAUGAUAAUUCUGCUAAUCGCUAGUAUUUACGCAGGUUGCGCUAAACCGAAUUAUGGUGUCUUAGGAUUCCUUGAAAGUUCUGUCGUGGUUUCCUGGUUUGCGGCGUUCGUACUCGCAGUCCUGGGCUCGAUUGGCCUCCUUGCUUUUUGCUACAGAGAACAAAGCCAUGAACUCUACGCCGUAGCACUUCUUCCAAUGUGCGCGGCGUUUCUCCUGUUUUCAAUUCUCUCCCCAGUUUCCUUUACUCUCGUGGGCGCAUCGAAAGCUGCGGUGUGUUUUUCGUUUUUUUAUCCUUUUUCCACCGCCUGCCUUACGUUGUACGUUUGUUUCCGAGGUUGCAGACGACCGAACGGUGAAUACUUCAUCAUAAAAAAGCGGUUCGCCUUUCUGUUUGUCAUUGCGUACAUCGGGGUUAUCGUGCUAACUCUAACAUCUCGCCCUCACUCUGACGGUAAAGACUCCUGUUUCCCAUCGCUGAAUAACCACACCAGAAUGAGUAAUGAUUUUGGUAGCAAAGCAGAAAGAGGCUCUCGCAGGUACCCAAUCUGUGGAAACACUUGGACUCCCUUGCGUCUGAACAUCGCAGAUAUUGCUUAUCUCUCAUCCGUCGCUUAUCAAGACAAUUUGACCAAAGAAGAGGUCAAUCAGUCUGUUAACACGUAUUUCUCCAAUCGAGGAAUCCAGUGGAAUGUUACGUACAUAUCUCAAAAAAAAUCUUACGUUUUAUCACGUGUUCGAGGCCACAGAACGAGUUCACGUUAUCAGCAUACGAGGGUCGCAGAGCACUGGUGACUGGAUUAAAAGCCUAAAAUUAUGGAGCGAGAUUAUUAGUUACCAGAUCACCGCGGUGGCACUUCCGGUCCAGACACUUCCGUUAAGCUUCGUGACAUCAUUCGUGACGGCUGCGUCUUUCCUAGAGCGCCUCAUGCACCACAAUCGCGAAGAUUUUGCUUUUAGUUCAUUGGAAUCAUAUUUGAGUAAGCACUUGAUCAAUGGAACAGUCGAUCGUGAUAUCAAUAUCAUACUAACAGGACAUUCACUCAGUGGUGGUUUGGCAAAGAUCUUGGGAAGCCGACUCAAAAUCCCAGUGGUAUCGUUCUCGAGCCCCGGUGAACUUCACAUCCAUGGUAAGAUGGGUUUUACCUUGGACGACCUACAGCGUUACACCACGUCGGUUGUGUCACGCAAUGACGUGGUCACGUGGAUUGAUCGUCACGGUGGACUGGUCCAGUAUAUUGGCUGUAGCGCACAAAGAAACGUACCAUGUCAUAGUAUUGUUAACAUUUACUGCGAGUUGAAGGAAGGGUGUGGCUUUGAUAGUCCUAUCAAGUGCUAAUACUCCGUAAACUGCUUCUUACACCCCCCCUCCCCCCCCAGUUAUAGGCCCAUCUACCUGUAAACAAAGAGAUACAUCCGAUUAUACCCCCUCCGGAUAUAAGGCCCUCUCUACUACAAUCUUGGACAAAAUAAAUGGAAAACCUUAACUCCCCCUCCCCCCAAAAUCAAUGAUGGGAAAUGGCGCGUUUUUGCCCGUCGCGCGGCAUCAGCCUUGGUUUGGGCGGCUUGCUGUUCCAUUUUAUUUUGUCCAAGAUUGUAGCUUGUAUUGAAAUGAAUCCUUUGUUACUAUGGUAGUAAACCAUGCAGUAAAUUAAUGCAAAAUUCUUUCGGAUCAGCCCUGUUAUAGCUUGUUUCGAAGCGCGUUUUCCAUUCCAGAUAUAAGCCCCCUGCUUUUAAUAAGCUCUCCUAAUUAGUUUUACGAGCCUGCGAGCGCAGACAUAUUUUAAAUUCAUCGCUAGCUUCUCUCCACCCGAAAGUAACGUCGCUAAUGAUGUAUAGGCUAGCCUGCGAAUACAGCCGCUUUUCGUUGCUCUUGGCCGCUAGGGACGUUUCGCCAACGUCUCUAGCGGCGAGGAGCAUGCAAGGAGUAACGGCUGUAUUCGUAGGCUAUAUACAGCUAUUUCGAGAAAGGUUGUCUGAAAAAGUGCACGAGACAAUCCCGAAAGGUAUUGUGGGUGGUUUUUAGUUCACUGUUCUUCAAAGAAAUUUGAAAGAAUGACAAGAGGGGCCAUGGACAUAUGUCUGCGAGUGCUGAAGGAAACUGAGCAAAAAAGUAGGUUCGACAGCUGCAGUGUGAGGAACAGCAUAUUGAUCAAAUCCCAUAUUACCUUUCGGGAUUGUCGCGUGCACAUUUUUCCGACAACCUUUCUCGAAUUAGCUGAAUACACUUUGUAUAGGCCUAGGACUUAUACACGUCAGUUUACGGUGGAUAUCCACUGCGGACGGAGCUGGAGCCUGAAGGACGUGAUUAUGAAUUGAGUCAAGUCUAAUGUUUUAGUGAAGAGAGCUUAUAAUAAAAACUUUACCUCUUAAUGCGAGCAUUAACUCAAGAAAGUUUUGGAAGAAUUUAAUCAGGGAAAUUGUCACGAACAAGAGAAACUUUAAUACUCUGGACAUCGGUUUAUGAGCAAACUUCAAUUAAAGCUGGUGCCCCUGAAAAUAAAAGUAGAGAUUUUAUGAUGGAGGAAAGUUGUGCGUUAUACCACGAGAAAGUAUUUUAUAACAAGUUUAUCCCAUGCUACUCACUAAAUCAUGACGACAUAAACUGAAAAUGAACUGGUAGCCUGCGAAUACAACAGUACCGGCAACCGCCUCUCUUGGUUCCUCGCCCCUAGGGACGUCUCUCACCCCCGCGAAACGUUCCUAGUGGAGAAGCGUGGAGAGACGGCUGUCCUCUUCCUUGUCCCUUGGUGCUUUCGGCUCGGUCAAACCUGGACUGUAUACCGUGAGCUGUGACGACACCGAGAGAGACUAGCCCACCUUUUCCCAGACUUUGCGCGGACAACAGGGAAAGAGAGAAAGCCUAGGGACUAGGCUGGGCUGUAGUAAUUCACAGGCUAGUAACCUGACAAAAUAUCAUCAUAAAAUAAACCAUUUGUGCAGACCACACCUCGUUUAUUCGAAGGUCCCUUAUAAAGUUACCCUUGAAUACAAUCCAGCUCAGUCAACCCGCCAAAGAUCAAAGACAGCAC